GAGAGAAAGGAACAUUGUAGCGUGGCUUAUGUGUGCACCAACCGUGGAUUUACUGAAUGAGUGUUUGUGUGUGCAGAUAUUCUCACUGACACAGACGGAAUCAUCCUGCUGGUCUCUGUUAGAAUGUAAAUUGAAUUGAAGGAUUAGAGGAGUGUGUUGUGUGUGUGGCACUUGUCUGGAAUACUAAGUGGAUAUGUGAUCAAAUCUGGAAUUUGCUGCAAUGCCUAUGGAAGAUUAUCCAUAUUCCACUGAUGUUUUACCACCGCUGCCGGAGGUCCCUGUUGGAGGGGCAGUACUAAGCCAGGUGGGAGGUCCGAUCCGAAACUCUGCCCUUAGAUACUGCUCCUCGCGCAGCAUGGACUCCACGCACUGCAACGACCGACCGGUCAGCUACGGCUCCACCUCUUCCUCCGCCUCUUCCCGGGACAGCCACUGCUCACUGGGGGGCCGACCGGUAUUAGGCUCCACCCCUGAGCGGGAUCAGGAUUCUGGGGCCAUCCGAUUGGAGCUGAUGCCUGCCGGUCAGCUAGAGGAGGGAGAUUUAGUAAGACAGACACCUACAAUGGCCAAUCAAAGCGAGGGAGAUGUUCAGUCACCAGAAGGGCGUAAACUCCAGUAUGUUGACCGAGUGGUACAGGAAAUUCUCGACACCGAAAAAACCUACGUCCAGGACCUUCGCAGUAUAGUUCAGGAUUACUUGGAGUGCAUCAGUAAUCAAUCUUUUCUGCUGCUGGGAGAUGAAGAGAGGAAUUCUUUAUUUGGAAAUAUCCAUGACAUCUACAGUUUUAACAGUGAUUUGCUUCAUGACCUGCAGAAGUGUAACGCUGACCCAGUUGCCAUAGCGAAGUGUUUCGUAGCCAAGAGUGAAGACUUCCACAUAUACACUCAGUACUGCACAAAUUACCCAAGGUCCGUCGCUGUCUUAACAGAGUGCAUGCAGAAUAAAACAGUGGCAAAGUUUCUGCGCGAACGUCAGGAGAGUCUGAAACAUUCCCUUCCUCUCGGCUCAUACUUGCUUAAACCUGUCCAGAGGAUCCUCAAGUACCAUCUACUACUGCAUGAGAUCGCCACACAUCUAGAGAAGGAAUCAGAGAUGUACGACGUGAUCCAGGAGGCCAUAGACACCAUGCAGAGAGUGGCCUGGCACAUCAAUGACAUGAAGAGAAAACAUGAACAUGCAGUGAGACUACAGGAGGUUCAGAGUUUGUUGACUAACUGGAAUGGGACUGAUCUAAUUAGCUAUGGCGAGCUGGUUCUCGAGGGAACAUUCCGAAUCCAGAGAGCGAAAAAUGAGAGAACACUCUUCCUGUUUGAUAGACUGCUACUGAUCACCAAGAAACGAGAGGAGACUUACACCUACAAGGCUCACAUCCUGUGUUGUAACCUGAUGUUGGUGGAGGUCAUCACUAAAGAACCCCUGAGCUUCACUGUGUUUCACUAUAAGAACCCUAAACUUCAACAUACUGUGCAGGCGAAGUCUCAACAGGACAAGAGAAUGUGGGUCCUGCAUCUGAAAAGGCUGAUCCUUGAAAACCAUCCAGCCAAAAUACCGGCCAAGGCUAAGCAGGCCAUUCUGGAGAUGGAUACGGCAAACCAUCCAGGUUUUAACUUUAACUCUGAGGGUGACAAGAAAGUCAACACUAAAGAGGGUCCUUCACCAAGGAGAGUGCAGAGAAGGACAGAGCCAUUGGCUAAAUUACUGAAAAACUCCAAACACACAAUAUGCAGCCCAGAUACACAGAAGCGUUCUAGUUUGGGGGUCACCCUGCUGUCACCUGUGGCCCAUUUGGGUUUGAUUGGCCGAUCUCGUAGCCUUGUCAGUGAAUCACAGGAGUCGCUGGAUCCUGGCGACCAAGGCAACCACAGUGAUGUAGAUGAAGUGCUGCAUCCACAUGAUGCAGAUGAUGAAGAUGACACUGGUUUGGGUUCUGGGGCCAAGCUUAGGGUGCCAUGGAAGAGCAGCCGGAAAAGGCUAAACCAGCAAGUGUCAGUGGACAGCAUUGACCAGUGGAGAAACCACAACCUCACUCAUACAGAUCUCCAGACCACCAAAAAGACCCUAAAAAAUGAGGCUGUCAAAAUGAAUACCCCUGUCCUACGAGUGACCGGUCCUCCUGAAACAGAGACCGAAGAACACUUCUCUCACAUGCUGGGAACAGGCAGGGAACGUUCUGUCCGCAACAUAUGGGCAGACCACCAAGUCCGGAGGGCUAUGUUUCCCAUUCGCCAAAAGUCUGUCCAAAUUGAUGAUGAUGAAGACAUCUAUCAGAUGUUCCUGCCAACUGAUAGAGAUGCAAGCAGUCAUAAUCAAGAGAGUGACCAUGAAACCACUGACCAUCCAGAGAGACCCUGUAGCUGGCAUAAUAUACAGACUCAUAGAUCGCAGCUAGAACUUCCCAUAAGUGGGGGCAGGGUACUUCGUAGGACCAGCAGUGUUAGAGAAAAACAGAGUGUGAGACAAACCCCUACCAAGCGAGCCCUACAAGAGGAAGAGACCAAAGCCCAGCCUGAGUCUUCAAGCUCUGAAAUCUCAGAGUCAUCUUCUGCCGAGCAGUUAACGAUUGAUGAUAUCGAGAAUGUUUAUGACAACAUUAGUUACGAGGAGCUUCAGGCCAUGGGGCUGAUUCGCAAGGACCAAGUUGCAGAGGUCACAGAAGUCAAACCUAGUAUAGCGCCACAAGUCAUAAUCACUCCAACUGAAAGUGAAAGUUCAUGUGGUCGAGAGACGGAGCAAUUUGAGACUUGUGAUCUGGAAAUUGUUGAGGAUGAAGAGAAUGUCUAUGACACCAUUGUUUUCCAGGAUCGCCCAGUCCAUUCAAUGCAUACUAAUCUGGGAAAAAUAGACAGCCUGCAGACAUCGGAGAUAGAUCUCAUGGCUAGCAAGAUUUUAGGGGGCUUGGUUUCUGAGAAAAGCCUCUGUCCUAGAAACAACACUGAAGUUGAUCGACCCCUACCCCAGAUUCCAUCUGCUUCCAUUUUGGACACUGAAACUUCUCAGAUUUUCACGGCCAAUAACACGUUAGAGCAAGUGGAUGAGAUCUGUUGUGAUCUGGAAAACUAUAUCCGGAACAAUGAAAAGAACCCGGACAGACUUCCAGCAGCAUUUCCUGUAAGUGGAACGGACUCCUCAUGUAAAACACAUGACUCACCACAAAAAGCACAAGACUCGCUAUGUAAAAAAAACAGCUCCCCAUGUAAAGUCAACAGGUUGCAACAAAGGGUGAAUGAUUCCCAAUGCAAAGCACAAGAAUCUCCAAGUAAGAAAGACAAUUCUGGGCAAAAGUCAAAUGACUCUCCAUGCAAAUUACCCUUACAAAUGGACCCUAUAGUUUCUGCUUUACCUGGAUCACAGAGUCCAACGGCAUCCAAACCACCUCCAGGUCUCCAUCUCCCCAUCAUCAACAUUCCAGAAACAAUGUUAGAUGAGAAAGAACUUGAGAUGUCUUCUUCUCCUACUUUACCUUGUCUUCCUUUUCCCCCCACCCCUGAGCCUCAAUGUGGCACAGUGAAAAGCAUCCGCAACAAACUAGCUAGAUUAAGCAGCGGAAGCUUCCGGAUGGAUGAUGAAGACAUCUCUUCACCAAAGGACUCAGAGCUUCAGUCCUUGUUUAGUAGUUUAGAGCCUGGCUCCUCUAGUCUACUGCUGGGUGGAGAAGCAAGAGAUCAGGUUCAUGAGCUUGGGGACAGCGGAAAGAACAGAGUGUUCCACAUGGCUAGGCAGUACAGUCAGAAGAUCAAAAAGGCCAACCAGUUACUGAAGAUGAAGAGCAUGGACCAUGAACCCAGUUAUGCCAAGCUAAGGCUGAGUAAACAGAAAGACCUGGCAUCCAUACUGGAGGAGAAGAAACAAGGUGGCACUGCUAUAGGUGCAAGAAUAGCCGAGUACUCCCAGUUGUAUGAGCAGGUGGUUUUUAAGGGUUCUCCUAUAACUCCUCCAAUACUGAAGUCCUCUGUCAGUCUUGCAGGCCCCCAUCCACUUUUCCCGAACACAACCCCCUCCCUUUCCCUAUCCGAAAGCUCUACCCAAGUGUCUGAUUGGUUGAACUCCACAUACAGUAAUGGGGAACUAGCUGAUUUUGUGUCCUGGCCAGCAGAAUCGUCAGUGUGCACUUCAACACCACAGAGAGCACUGACUUCUGCAAUUUCAACUCCUGCCUUGAAGAAUUUCCCACCUGCUCAUAGUACUCAACCAAAUCAGCGUUGGAGUGCCUGUGUGACACCAAGCAAAGAUGACUCUGAUCACAUUUACUCUUCAAUAGGACCACGUAACACUAAAGUUUCCGCUUACAAUCGCUGUCAGUCCUCAUCUUCAUUGAUAGAUCAAACUGGAAAAGAGAAUGGGAGGGGACUAUGUAAUCAGAUGUGGGAGGUGCACAGAAAAGAAUCAAGGACGCACAUGUGUCGGCAGCAAAGCCUCCCUGAAUGUCCUGUCCAGGUGACUUCUGACCUCUCAAUUCCAUGUAAUAUCACACUAAGGGACUCGCAGCAAGUUGUGGUGCUGGGCAAAAAAGUGCCACUGAAUGCACAAAGUGCCACUGAAAAUUAUCUGGCCAACUUUAAAGACACUGGAGAUGAUGAUGACGAUUAUGUGGAGAUACGUUCUGAAGAUGAGGGCGAAGAGCAAAAACAAGAGGUGCCCAGGCUGCACAAUUUAUCAGGAACUGCAGUUAAGUACUGCAGCCCACCUCAAAGCAGCAUUCAGACCCUUGGAAACGGACAGCAGACCACACCUGAGAUGGCUCUACAAGGAUACCUGUGGAAUGAUCCAGACUGCAGCCAGCAGGGUGUAAAUCAGCCCAAAAUUGUCCAGUCAAUGAGAGAAAAGUUAAUGUGUCUCAGCUCUAGCAGUUUUGCAUAAGAAUCAUGUACUUUGGACAACAUGCCACAUACUUGGCACAUGCAAGAAAACUUUCCACAUGGAACGUUACACUACUUAGACACAACACAAAGGAUACACUAUACAAUAUUUCCAUUGUAAAAUAAUUUACUAAAUUCAAUACACACAUCAACAAAACAUUUUGUAAAUUAUGAAUUACGCAUUACUCUGCAUAAAUCUACUUGAAUUUAGUUGCACAAAGUAGCAUAUCUAAGCAGGAAACUAUACAGAUGUAACUUUCAAAUGAUUUUAUUUCUAUUUCAUAUGAACACCUAUGUUGUAAAACAAAACUUUCAGCUUACAUGUCAGAUCAUGAUCAAUCUGACCUGAUCAAGGUUUAAAGGGAAGUGAAGUUCAUGAAAGAAAAUAAAAGACAUUGGACACAUCGGUAAAACUUGAAUCAUAGGCACAAAUCUUUAUUUCUAAUAUCAAACAUAUUUCUCCCUUAAACAUUUACAAUAUUCUCAUGAAUUACUGGUUAUAAUAUUCUAGUAAAUGUACCAUAUAUACUGUAGAUGUCACCUACAAGAUUUAAUAUGCUGUAUAAAACAAGCACAUGACUGCUGAUGUUAAAUUAUCUGGCAUAAUCUCUGUGUACACACGUAGAUAGAAUUGUCAUUGGACAAUAACUCAAAUAUUUUACUUUUAAUUGUGUAAACAAGCAGCUGAAAAAAUCUGAAAAAAGGUCUGUGUCAAAUACUGAAAAAACGUAUAUAUCAAAGUAGCUUUGGUGUGUAAGAUCAAAAAAUUGUAGAUUAUCCAAGGAGGCUUGCAAACAGUUUCCAUAGAAAAAAUCUGCAGGAAUUUAUUAAGAGGCCACAAAGUGCAAAAGUGCAGAACACUGGGACACUGAUGAUGAUGAUGUACAAUAAAUCGCAAACUUUUUGUUUCUGCACUGAGCACCUUUGCACUUUGGGCCUCUUAAUAAAUUCCUGCAGAUUGUUUCUAUGGACAUUGUGUGCGAGACUUCUCUCACCUUGUAUUGCUUUUAAUUGUGUAGAAAUAUGCCAUAAGUAAGGGUUGAGUAGGUAUCUACAGAAAACUACAUGUAUGCUAAUAUCACCAGCGACCAUUCAUUGUGUGAUUUGGUAUAUUUGCAUGCCAUGUUUUCUCAAGACCAGAAUGCAUAUAAUUCAUAUAUAUUUUAUUAUACUGUACAUUAGGUAUGUAGAGAUUUAUCAGACUGGGAAGUCAUAGGUGUAUUUAAAACAAGGUGAUCAAGUUGUUCAUGCUAAAAUGCUGUUUACAAACAACCAUGGCUCAGACAUUAACGGUGUCAAUAAUGCUGAAAAAAAUUGCUAUAUGGAUGUAGAUUAGAUUUUUGUUUGUUUUGAUUUGCAUAACAACAAAACAAUCAUUAGAGAAUGUAAUUGGCAAAAACUGAACAAAUAUCAGGUAGUGUCUUAAAUUGAUAGUUCACCUAAAAAUGAAAAUUCUCUCACCCUCAUGCCAUCCCAGAUGUGUAUGACUUGCUCUCUUCUGCUGAACACAAACAAAGAUUUUUAAAAUAAUAUUUCAGCUCUGUAGAUCCAUACAAUGCAAGUGAAAUGUGACCAGAACUUUCACAUUCAGCCACCUACUGGUUGGGGCUGGUCAAAUGUGACGAUUUAUAGUAAAAAGGACUUAAAAAUCUGUUUCUCACACCUAUCGUAUAUUUAUGAAUUUAACCACUGGAUUCUUAUGGAUUAAUUUUAUGCCUGAUCACCAUUCAAUUGCAUUUUAUAGACCUACAGAACUGAGAUAUUCUUCUGAAAAUCUUCAUUUGUGUUCUGCAGAAGAAAGUCACAUCUGGGAUGCCAUGAGGGUGAGGAAAUUAUGAGAGAAUUUAAAUUUCUCUGUGAACUAACCCUUUAAAUUGAGAUUCAUUUGAUUGUGUUCAUGGGGACCAUGAUGGAGUAUGGAGUUUGAGGUUUCAAAAAUGUUUUGUAAUUUGUUGUAAAUUUGGGCUCAAUAUAAUGUAUUUUCUUGUCAUUUGAUUGUGUAUAGGGUUUAUAUAUAUAUAUAUAUAUAUAUAUAUAUAUAUAUAUAUAUAUAUAUAUAUAUAUAUAUAUAAAACCUGUCCCUGCCUUCUCUCUACAUAGAAACAAUAUACUGGCUGGCUCACAUACUGUCUUCUUUCAUCCCAAAAUUUAAGAGGUUUUUUUACGAUUAGUGAUUUUCUCAGCACAUUUCAUUGUUUUUUUUUUGUUUUUUUUCGUUUUUUUUUUCUUCUAUUUAUUUACCUCUGGGUAUUUCUAUUUUCGCUCUAAUUUUGAGAUGUCUGUUUCACUUCGAAGAAAUAAUGUUAUAUGACCUAAUAAAUACCAGUGUAAAUAGGGUGAAUUUAAAUUUGGAUCAAAGCUAUCAGUGAAGUAUGUUUGCAUGUUGUUGAGGUUUUUUUUUUCUCUAGUUGUAAAUUGUUUUUUUUACUUGUGGGUCAGUUAUCCUAUAUUGGAAUUGUUCAUUUUAAUUUUAAUAUUCUGUAAAGGUGUACAUUUUCAUGAAUAUUGCCAUUCUCUGAUUCUCAUGAUAAGAGACUUAAGUUAAGUUUUUGCUUUUUUUGUUUUUAUUUUUAUAUCUGCCUAGUUGUAAAUCAUUGAAGAUAUACUU